CCGGAGGGCGGCUAUGGCGUCGCAAGCGCAAGUGGGCGAAGAGUGGAAGAAGAGACGGACGGUCUUCCGCUCAUCGCAGAUGGGAACUAUGGCGUUUUUGAAUCUCUGGAUCUGGCUGUUUGCUCUCAUCUGCCUUCUCUCCUUUUCUCUCUCUUCUCCUUCCAUCCAUGCGUCCUCCCUCCCCUUUCCAAUCCGUCGCCAUGCAAACUCUCCCUCCAUGCAGCUCGACCUAACGUCGACUUUGUCAUCCUCUUCAUCGUCCUCGUCGUCGUCUUCAUUUUCUUCCUUCGUGUCGUGGCCCUGGCCAUGGGGUUAUAAGUGCUCUGCUACCGCUGUUGCAGAAGCCGCAAUGAGACCGAUCUGCCCUCCACCGGCCAGCGGGACGUCGCCAUUCCUCUCUCUCACUGUCACGAACCUGGCCGGAAUCGGGUACGUGUUCGUAAAUGCGACCGACUGCACAAUCAAUUCACGGGAAGGAAGCUUCGAGAAGAUCAUCAAGGCGUCCGGAGGGGUAAUCAUCAUUCCGGAGAAAGACGUAGAUCCCAUCGCCUACGCUCCGUACGCUCAGGCUAUUGCCAAGGACGGAAAUUUUGCAGCCAUAUUGACAGCGGAGGAUGCUGCUGCUUACGGGGUUAUCGACACCAUGGCUAUGUUUCCCAUACCACAAGUAUGGGCUUUGAUGGGUCAUGGCGUAUCCGGAGGGCAGACGGCAGCAAAGCUCACGCGCGCUCUCUUUCCUCGCGUGUCCACGCUUAUACUCCAUGCGUCCGUCCUCCCCUCUGGCGUCGACUUCUCGCAGGACAAUCUCGAUGUGGUUGUUAACUAUGGAAAGAAGGACUUGAUGGUCACACCAGAGAUGGUGGAGGCAAGCUUUCCCCGAUUACCAGGACAUGUUUCAGUGAAUCUGUUGAACAAAAGCCACUAUGACUUUGCAUUCACGACUUGUCAGUAUAAGGUUGAAAGCAAGCAGCCAGCCACUGUUCUUUCUUACGCCCCUCUGAUCUAUGGUGACCAUCAUGGAGGUGAUGGUGAAGAGGGUGAACAGAUGCAAGUCGUCGCAGCAGAUAAGCAUGAUUAUAGGCCUUUUCUAUCACUAUCCAUUGAGGAUAGGCUACUUUUGGGCCAAUGCGUGUCCCCCAUGUGGAGAGCAGGCAGAGGGAAAUUUUUGGCGGCAACCCCAAGAGCUCUGUCUUUCGGAGAUAACCACCUCCUCACUCCAGGGCAUAAGGGCUCCAAGGUGUAUCCGGUCGAUGGCGUGGUAGUGCAGGUGGAAACGCUGCCGCAGCCGGAAACAUCCCCUUCUCCUGCUCGCUCCAUGAUCGUUGUAAAGCCUAAUGUUACAAAAGGGGGGUAUGUGUAUUACCCAGGGGGGUUUGUGGAUUCCAGAGCCUACUUGCCCUUGGCUUUUCAGAUCGCAGCUCGAGGGUACAUGGUGGUAAUUCCGGAGUUUCCAAGACGCUCUGGUGUGUUUUUAGACAGCAUUCUCAUAGCAGACCAGAUCAUCAGAUCUAAUUAUACGAUACUCCAAAGCGUUCCUCAGGACAAAUGGGCCGUCGGCGGGCACUCGUUAGGUGCUGUGGCCGCAUUCAACUACGCCGGAUUCUCCCCUCGUCAUCCUAUUCAAGCUGUGGUUAUGCAUGCUGGACAGUGGGGUGGUCUUCCGAUGAUGAAACCUCCCAAUCUGACACAAUCAGCUUUGCCAGUCGCAAACAUCUAUGGAAGUCUUGAUGGCAUGACUGGGCCCAAAGACCCGGAUGAUUUCUAUGCCAACAGUGCUCUUCAUCCAUUGGUUGUAAACAUCACUGCCACUAAGUUCUUGCCCGUGGAGGGAGCAAAUCAUUACCAAAUUGGGGACUAUGGCUAUCAGUUUCCAGACCGGAUUGCUACCAUAGGGCAAGCCGAGCAGGAGCAAAUCCUCGGUCAGCUUACCGCAGAAUUCCUGAACAAGGCUAUGGGGUAUAACAACUAGUACUCAUUCUAAGUUCAAUGCCAACACAGUCUUCCUCCGAAGAUAACGCACCCUGAUCAUAACGAAUGCAUACAAUCUAUAUUUCUGGUCAGGUACCGCCAAAAUGAGGGUGCGAUGUGUUUAGCGGAAGACAGUUAGUAUAGCAGCUAGGUGUCCUACAUAG